UCUGACAAAAUGUGUUCGUUCAAGUGCACUGUGUUUAUCUUCCUGUUGGUGGUGUCCGUGUGUUUUGCACAGGAUGAAGCGCGCGGUCAAGAAGUUGCGCGAAAAAGAUACAAACAUAAAUUGCAUCACCUACAUCACAACCCUUACUUUUAUUACUUGGCGUUUCUUGCAAUCAAACUGAAAUUCGCGUUUGUUGUGGGAACGAUGAUAAUGUUAGCUUUAUUCGCAAGUAAAACCUACGCAUUAUUAAAAUAUGGUAUCCUAUCGAAAAAAAGUAGCGAACCAGAAAAAAUCUACAUUCAAGCACCGGAACAUCAUUAUCCUUCAUAUUUCGAAGAUGAUCAUAGUCACGAGAGUCAUGAUUUUACAAGCAGCGGUUCGUACGGCCGAGGAUUCCAAACAGAGAUUUAUGAUAAUUACAAUUUAGUUCAAGACUUAAUCAAAAAAGUGGAUUUGAACGAAUUGGCAUUCAAUUCACUGGACAUGACACAAACAGAAUGCAAACAACGUUUCGUGUGUGAAGCAGAUUUCCGAGCAAAUAAUGACACAAUACUAAACUUAGAAAUGUUCCUGAUUCGAGAUAAUAGUUUCCUCAAAUAUCGAACGAAGGAAGUUAUCAAAACAAUAGAAGACUGUGCAAAACUAUGCCAUUUUGCAACAUAGUUUAGUUUUCUACUUUACUCACCAACA